CACUCAAGGCCUAGGUUUGUGCUGCUACGGAUUUGGUAUUUGUACAUAAAUCUAAGGCACCAGGCCCCAGCAGACAUCUACAAGAAUCAGACUCAACAUGCUCAAGACAGUUUUUAUCGCCUUGGUCCAUACGGCGCUGUGGAUCAUAUGUUCGGCAGUCACACUCCCACCAGAGUUACAGGGUUUGCUUCCAAACCUGACAGUAUUACAUGAUAUGAGAAGGCAUUUUUGUUUGAGCACGGAGCUUCAUAAUGCGAGUGCACCAUGUACCGAUGGCGCGCAUGGCAGCCGUAGCCUUUGCGGUAGAAUUUGUCAAGCCCCAACCAACUCGUUUAUUUGCUACGAUUUGGUUGCAGGCCCUGAAUUGUGUAGAGGAUCGUGUGACCGUCCGUAUUGCCGUUAUGAAGAUGCCCUCGUGUGUCAGUAUGCUGAGAGGCAAUGUUCGUGUAUAUACUCCGUCCAAGAAGAAAAGGAAUACGCUCCGUUUUGCAAUUGUAGAAAUGAUGCUUCAUUGCCAACUUUCGUUUAUCAAAAUGGGUCUUCAAUUACAAGCACCUGCUCAAAUGGAACUGCGAUACCGGUUUUGGCAACAUCUCGAACAACCUCAAGUCUUCAGUCAAUGACUGGGAGCAGUCUGCCGUCCACAGCAGUGACUUCUAUAAAACCUAAUGACGGUGGCCAGGUCAAACUAAUUAAUGUCAUCUUGGGGGUGAUCUUGGCAUUUAGUCUUCUGGUACUUCUGGUGGUGAUAUUCCUUUGGCACAGGGGAAAACUGUCAGCUGUGAUGUCGAAACCUCCGGCACGUACAGACGCGUCCGCAAAUGCUGAGGUGGAAAGUACAGGAAUAAAGAUGACGAGUCCACUCGGAGCCAGUGGGGGAAUGAGGGUGUAAGAGAUGCGAAAGGGGUGGCUGCCUCGUCCCCAGGGGCUUCUUCUGCGGAAAGAGAUUCUCACAUCUCUUACCAAAUCUAUCCGACUGAAGGGACGUCCGAAUAUGAGGAGGUAACAGAGGCAAGCACAGCGCUGGAUAGCAGCGAGUCGACCCAGUACCAACAACUCAACAGAGCUACACUCGAGAGUUCAAGUGUAGAUUACGAGCCACUGAAGGGAAAAGAGGCUGACAACUCAAACCCACAAAACGAGAGCUCUGGGUAGGACGGCGUUGCAAGCGCUAUUAGCAUUUCGGUAGACACUCUAGAGGUGAGGUAUACGAGAAACAGGACGGAAAAGUAAAUUACAUUUACAAUUAAAUGAACGUACGCAUGACUUCAGUGAUUCAGAAAUCAUGAUAAAUAUUUGUCACUGUCAUAUGCACGUAAUAUAACUCCUGCAUUACAACCGAACUGUAGGGUUAGCUUUACUUUGUGACUGCCCGGAGAAGCAUAAACAUAACCUUCUUUGAAUUCUAAUAGAAUUAGCGCCCUCCCGUGACUUUAACUUUGCUCUGAGUUAGCAGCACUUGUUUGUGGCCUCUUUUGACAUGAACAGCUUCCCAAAUAAAAACGUGCAUAUAAGAUUUCCAUAUCGUGACAGAUGGAAUAUUCUAUUCCACUCGGCUUCACCUCAUUGGUCGUUUACUCAGUCAGUCGCCUCUUGAAGUUAUUCUUAGCACUGCAAUCAUUUAUAAAGAUUCGUCUUCCGCACGAUUUAUCGAUGGAGGGGGAUCCCUCACGGUAGCAACCUUUUGCAUUUUUAAAUAAAAUUGUAUUUUAUUGAAGUCUUGUGUGAACAUACAGUGUACAGUUUUCCCUUGAGAGAUGGUCACGUUUGUUUGUUUAUUCUAUGAAAUUGACCUUCAUAAUAUAACAGCACGUUGUUUCACGUUACCUUUGAGUUGAAUCACACCUAAAUAUGCAACACAGUGUGACGAACGAUAAAAACUUGUUUCUGAAAUCACCUCUAUAAUUGCACGUUUCCCUAUGUUAGUAAAAUAGCCAUGUCAAUGUUCGUAAGUACAAAUAACUAUAUUCAUGAUAUAAAUCCUGAAAUGGAUGUACUUAUUUUUCAUGAUAUCCCUGAUGGAAUACGAUCUUUUGGAAGUAGAACUCAGCCAAGGUGUUAUGUCAAUUAAUUCAUUAUAUCGUUGCUCUUAGAUUAAAGAUAUCGUGAGUCUCCAUAAUUAUACAUGUAAAUGAAUCUCCACUUUUCAUGGACUAAGUAUCCUAAUUUGAUUACAGUUUUAUUCUUAUUCUUUAUGCUGUGUUAAUUUUGAUAUUAUAAAUGAUGUACUGAUUAGAGUCGGUUAUGGAGAAAUAUAUAAUUUUGGAUUACGUUUUCAGU